GCGCAGCGCGGAGCCCGUCAUGUCGGGCCCGGGGCUGGUGGCCGGCGACGCGGUGGUGGACGCGUUGCCCUACUUCGACCAGGGCUACGAGGCGCCGGGCGUUCGCGAGGCGGCCGCGGCACUGGUGGAGGAGGAGACGCGGCGCUACCGGCCGACAAAGAAUUACCUCAGCUACCUGCCGGCGCACGACUACAGCGCAUUUGAGACUGAUAUUAUGCGGAACGAGUUCGAGCGUCUGGCUGCCCGGCAGCCGCUGGAGCUGCUUAGCAUGAAGAGGUACGAGCUGCCAGCCCCCUCCUCCGGACAGAAAAAUGACAUCACAGCCUGGCAGGAGUGUGUCAACAACUCAAUGGCUCAGCUGGAGCACCAAGCUGUCCGCAUCGAGAAUCUGGAGCUCAUGUCCCAGCAUGGCUGCAAUGCCUGGAAAGUUUACAACGAGCAUCUAGUUCACAUGAUAGAACAAGCCCAGAAAGAACUUCAGAAGUUGAGAAAAAGCAUUCAAGAUCUGAACUGGCAACGAAAGAAUAUGCAGCUCACAGCUGGGGCUAAGCUGCGAGAAAUGGAAUCUACAUGGGUGUCUCUUGUCAGUAAAAAUUAUGAGAUCGAACGAACUAUUGUGCAGCUAGAAAAUGAGAUUUCACAAAUCAAGCAACAGCACGGGGAAGCUAACAAGGAGAACAUCCAGCAAGACUUCUGAGGGUCUCAUCAUUACUGUUUCACUGCUGCAUAUUUUUAAAAUAAGCAUUUGAAGAUGCUAGUGGUUUUUAAACAUGUAAUUACAGUUGUGUAAGGUG